AUGUGGAAUUUAUUGAUUUUUCUAGUGGUUUUUGUUAGUUUUGGUGAGUUUUUUGAAAAAAAAAACCGACAUUCUAGAAAAUUUUACAGUUUUCAGCCAAAAUUCUUCAAAUUUUCCAUUUUUUUUUUAGAAAAAAAGUUUCUAGCUUAUUUUUUCGCGCUGAAAACGCUGGAAUCACUUAAAAUGAGCAAUUCCAGCGUUUUCAGCGCAAAAAAUAGAUCUAGAACAAAAUUUGUGACCCCCUGUAGAGAAACAAUGGGGGGGGGGGGUGUCAAAUUUUCCAUUUUUUUCAGAAAAAUUCUACGUAAAAAGUUUCUAGCUCAAUUUUUCACGCUGAAAAUGCUGUAAUCACUUAAAAUGAGCAAUUCCAGCGUUUUCAGCGCGAAAAAUUGAUUUAAAAAACGUUUCCAGCUUCCUCGGAAAUCUCUUCAAGUUCCGAUUUGAACUGCGAUUUCGGAAGUUCGUGUCGAUGGCGAAAUUCGACAGAAUCAAUGACUGGAAAGUUCGAAAUUGCGAAUUUAUUCGAGGCCGAUGCUCAGAAUCGAAUUAGCUCAAGAAUUGAGAAUGAUCGUAAGUUCUAGAUGAGAAAUUUGGGAUUUUCAGGAAUUUUUGGGUAGGGGAGUUACCCUAAGUCCCUUAAGGCCCCUAACCUUAUUUAGUCUCAAAAAACCGCGCAUUUUCAGCCACACCCUUCGCCUACACAACAGGCCUAAUGGGCCGAACCCUAGGCCUACUAAUUAGCGAGGUAAUUAGCUGCCAAUUAGGCGGAGCCAGUUUGAAAUAUUGGUAUUAUAAAUCGGGAGCCGAAUCAAGUCUCGAAGUUUGCAUUCGACAACCGCCCGGAAAUCGAGAUCUGAAUUCGAUGAGGUUUGUGGAGUUUGGAGCAUUUUGAGCCCAGAAACGGUGUUGCCACGUGGAUUUUUGAGCUCACUGUGAAAUUUGGAGCAUUUUGAGCUCAAAUCUUAAAAUUUUUGGCUGAAAAUUAAGGUUCUAUUCAGGAUUCUUCUAGAUUUUUGGAAAAAAUCAAAAAUUUUCGUGAAAAAUUAUUUUUUGAAUAGAUUUUGAUUGGGAAAUUUGGAAAAACAACUUUUUUCGGCGAAAAUUGAAAAAAAAAUGAGGGGAUCAAAAUAUUCCCGGUCGAUUUUUUGCGCUGAAAACGCCGGGAUUGCUCAUUUUAAGUGAUUCCAGCGUUUUCAGCGCGAAAAAUCGAUCUAGAAACUUUUUUUAUGAAAAAAAAAAUGGAAAAUUAGACCCCCCCCCUCCGUUUCUCUACAGGGGGGUCACAUAUUUUGCUCUGGAUCAUUUUUUCGCGCUGAAAACGCUGGAAUCACUUAAAACGAGCAAUUCCAGCAUUUUCAGCGUGAAAGAUUGAUCUAGAAACUUUUUUUCUAAACAAAUGGAAAAUUUGACCCACCCCCCUGUUUCUCAACAGGGGGGGAGGGUCACAAAUUUUGCUCCAGAUCGAUUUUUAGCGCUGAAAAAGCUGGAAUUGCUCAUUUUCAGUGAUUCCAUCAUUUUCAGCGCGAAAAAUUGAUCCAAAAAUGUAUUUUUUCUAGAUGCUACGACGGAGUUUCGACAACAUUCGCUCGUCAAUGGAUUUUCCGGGCCGUCGAGCUUCCACCGAUUGCACAGCCUUUCGAAAUCGUUUUCAAAACGUGGUUCAAUCCGCCGAUGAAUAUUGUGGCUUUGGAUGAUAUUUUGUAUGAGGCCGUGCUUUGUGGUGAGUGGAUUUUUAGGCCUUUAUUUUAGGCCGAGCCUUAGGCCUAAAGUCUAGACUAGAAUUUGAAGGCUUCAAUUUCAGGCUUAUCUCUAAGCUUGAAAUCUAGACUCUAAUUUCAGGCCUCAAUUGUAAGCCUGAAAUCUAGGCUUCAAUUCAAGGCCUUAAGCCUAAGCCUAAGCCUAAAAGCCCAAAACCGGACUGUUUUUGAGGGGGGCCCCCUAUUCUGUGUCUAGUUCUAAGCUCACUUUUUGGGUGGGGGCCCCACAAAAUCCUCCUCCCCCCAAAAAAGUGAGCUUUUUCCAGGCUCAACAUCCACUUCAAGCUUGGGAUUUCAGGCCAGGCCCAGGCCUGACAACAGGCCUAACAACAGGCCUAAAAGAGAGAUCAGGCGAAUCGGCAUCGAGGAUUGGAAAUCGUACAAAAAAUCGAAUUUGUAUUCGGGAGAGCUGAUGUUGAUUGUGGCGCAAGAUGUUGCGGAUCAGAUUUCGACACCUGCAACAUCGACGGAGUUGGGAACUUCAGUAGAAGUCAGAACUUCGACUGAACUUCAGGGCCAGGCUACAACAUCUACUGAAGUUCUAGCUCCAGCAACAACUCCUGAACCUUCAACAACAUCUACUGAAGUUCCCAAAAACAUCUACUGAAGUUCCAGCCACAACUUCAAGCCCAGUUCCAGCUUCCAACCUAACCAACGAGCAACAUCUCUCAAAUUUCAUGAAUUUCCUGAAGCAGGCAGCUCCAGUCAUACCGCUGAUCCCGAACAUCGUGAAAUCAUUCUCAUCCCUAGAUUCUGGAGCUCAAAACCUCGCAUCAGCCUCCGAAGGUCUAGCUGGCGAGCUCAGAAGAGCACCAGUGCAAUCCAGUCACUUCUACAACACUGAUCCGGGCCUGGAGGGCCCAGGGGGCCUUUCAGGCUCCCAGGAAUCCCUGAUCGACUUGGCGAAGAAGUUCGGAAUCGUGGAACCCGGCUUCACAACGCUGGCUCCGCCCACUUUGGCCCCUGAGGGGCCUCAGGCCCCCCGAAAUUCCUUCGGGCUUGCCAGACUUGGCGAUUCGAUCUACCCGCAAAAUCUACUGAAGUCACAUAUCAAUCCGAUCCGCGCGAAAAUCGAGGAGCAGCAUCGGAAGAUUUUCAAAGGGGCCUCGGGGGCUUUGGGGGCCUCGGCCCCCUCCACCCCGCAGCCCCUUAUAGUCUUCAAAUCCCCCAGCCCCGAAGAAAGCCUGGUAGCCACUCAACUCGCCGAUUUAGCCCAACUCCUCCCGCAGAACGAUAUUUCAGCCCUGAGGAAUAUUCCGGACCUAGCGGGCCUGACUAAAGGAAUGGACCUAAGUGACAUCAAAAGGCCCGGAGGCUUUUCUAGGCUCAAAAAGGAGUUUAUGGAGAGACUGAUGCGACGGACACUGGGCCUACCAGUGGUCCAGAAUUCGGGCCAGGGAGAUCUGAAGAUUGUUGCGAAGCCGAUUGUUCCGAUGAAGGUUACGAGACGGAUGAUGGCUGAGAAGAUGCGGAGAAGCCGCAGAAAAAUUGUCUAGGCCUGGGCCUGGGCCUAGGCCUAGUCUUAGGCUUAGGCAUAGUCUGGGCUUAGGCUAAGCCUGUGUUAAUUUUUUACCUCAAUAUUCCAUGAUUUUUUUUGUUUCGGGUAUUUUUCCAAUAAACGUAAAUGCGGAGCAUCGUUGUUUUUCUCUUUUUCCAUCAAAAAACCUCGGUUUGGGCUCAAAAUUCACCCAAUUUUCUAGCGUAAACGCGGAGCAUCGUUGUUUUUUUUUCUAAAAAAACUCGUUUUCGAGCUCGAAAUUCGCCAAAUUUACAGGCGUAAACGCGGAGCAUCGUUGAAAUUGCAGGUUUUCUGAUGGAAAAAGAGAAAAACUACGAUACUCCGCGUUUACACUCAUUUUUUCCCUUCUGAUUGUAGUCUAUACAGGUUCUAAUAAAGUUUUUGGAGUACUGUAAUUUUUGGCGCGAGAAAAUCGAUAUUUUAAGCCUGAAAAAGCCCAAAAUUUCGGGCCUAAGCCCAAAAAAGCCUACCAAAAUUCAAAUUUUGCAGAAUCUUCGAAUGGCGGAGCUUCCGAAGGUGCUGGUGGCAACUUCGACGCAGUUCCAGACAAUUUGCAAAGGCACACAACGCUCGCAGAUUUCGAUGGAAAUGGUGAGAUCUUCAGACUUCUAUAGAUCCCAUAACAUCAAAUUUUCAGACGUCACCAUUGAUUCCAGCCACUUCCAGCCUUCCACUUCAGGCUUCAAGGCCCACUCGGCCCAGGCUUUUCGGCCAGUCCAUCACGCUGCCAAAACCUCCACCGGCUCGGCCCACGAAUUAUCCGGGCCUCGAACUGGGCCUAUGUACAAAUCGCUGUGUCCCAAGAUUGAUUGUAGCUUUGAUGAUAAUGUGAGUAGGGCUUUGAGAAUCUGAGCAGGGCUUAGGAUUAGGCCUGGGCCUGGGCCUAAUUUUGUUCGGGCCUAUUUCGAUUUGGUCUGAAAACACGUGUCACACGUGUUUUCAGGCAAAAAACCGGGAAAAAGCAAAAAAAAAACGAAAAAAAAUAAAUGUUUGUCCGAGAGAAGUACACACGGUGUUUGGUUUUCUCGGCCACGGCCACCAAACUUUUUUUUCGAUUUUCGUUUGAAAAUCGGCUCAAACACGUGGAUUUUUCGACCACGUAUGAUUCUAUAAUCUGAGCAAUGCCAAAAAUGAGCAAUGAUUCGGAAAAUUUUUGAUUUUUCCUUGAAAAUCGACUAUUUUCAAGCCUAUAGGCUUAUUUAGGCUCAAAAAACGUGGAUUUUUCGAUGGCGCCAAAAUUUCAAAUUCAAAUUUUUUGCUUCCAGACCUUCUGCAACUACGUCACAAGUUCUUCACCCAACGAGACAAGCCUCAAAAAAUGGGCGUUGUCGAAUCGCAGUGUCUCGAAUUCGCUGACCGGAAUUCCCGGCGAUUUUUCAAAGUCGGGAUUUUUCGCGUACGCGGGGGCUCCGGGCCUGGGAUCAGGCCCUUCAGGCCUCAGCCCCGAGGACACCUUCAUCCUCUCCUCCGCGUCUCCCGUGCUCAUUCCGCCUCCCGCCGCCCGUCUCGACUUCUUCGUCUACCAGGCCGGCUUCCGCGGACAAUUCCGCGUUUGCAUCGAUGACGACACGGACUGCCCCAUAGUUCUAGACGGGCGGGAUAUUGAUCAGAACGCGCAGAAAUGGCGCAAUUUUUGGAUGGAGAUUCCGGGCGGCGCGGAGCACACGAUACAUUUUAUUGUUGAUGGUUUACAUGAGAAUUAUGUUAUUGGGUUGGAUAAUGUGCAAUUGUUGAAUCGAUUGGGAACGGCCGCUUUGGGCUGUUAG